AUGUCGCAAGUCCCACGUGGCCUCCGCGCCUGUCUCGUGUGCUCGUUUGUCCAGGCGGCAAACAAGUGGUCCAAAACCGGAUGCCCCAACUGCGAGGACUUUCUCGAAUUGCGCAACAGCAGCGACGCUAUCGGUGAUUGCACGAGCGAGGUCUUCGAAGGGCUCGUCACAGUCAAUGACACGAGUACGGGCUGGGUCAGCAGGUGGUUGCGGAUUCAAGGCUAUGUCCCCGGUGUCUAUGCGACGAAAGUGAAUGGACUGCUCCCCGAAGAUUACGUCGCUGCCGCUGAGAAUGCAGGAAUACGAUAUAUCCCGCGAGAUGGCAGCGCAAACGAUGAUGAUCAGUAG